CGAAAGGAGAAUAUUUCUUGUCUUCGGUUAUAUAAGCCGAGAGAGCGCCCUAAGGGGCCGACCUUCGCCGGACUCGUCGGGACGCAUCCCGCACCCCGCACCCCGCACCUCCCGCUUCACGCACGUGGAGGCACGCUGAGCCUUUCCCGGUCGGAGCCUAUCUGCAGUUGGGCGUUGGGUUUCGUCUGGAGAGGUUUGCAGGCGUUCCACUUCGAUUCGAUUGGCUUUUGAGUGGGGGCGCGAGUGGAUUCGAGGGCGGGGGUGCUUGAUGCUGUCGGGAUCGUCGGUGUGAAGAAGGAAGAUGAUUUGGCUCUCGCUGAGUUUCCUUGGAGUGUGUCUGCUGGAGGGGGCACUGGGGUAUGCGAGGGGGGCGCCGGAGGCGGCGUGCGACAAUCUCACGCCGAGGCACGGUCGGGAUCCCAUGGAUCUCUCGACUGCUCCCUAUCGGGUCAUGGUUUCGUCUGAUACGGUGAAAUCAGGCGAGAGGCUGUCGGUGCGGCUGUCGGGAGUGGACGGAACGGAAUUCGACGGAUUUCUCGUUCAGGCGAGGAAUGCCUCGGACGAUUCCAUCUCGGGGACGUUCUUCACGCAGUUUCACAAGUACCUCACCUGUGAACCGGGGGAUCACAAUGCGGUGACGCACAAGUCGGCUCACCACAAGAAGGAGAUCAUGGUGGAUUGGGAGCCCGCGUCGGGCACCUCGGGCGAGGUCCGAUUCAAGGCGGCAUUCGUUAAGAAGUUCCACACGUUCUGGGUGGGCGUGGAGUCCCCCCCAGUGAGGGUGGAGAGGUCGGUGCCUGGGGCAGACGUCCCCGGGAAGCCGAUCGCGGGAGAACGGACGAGAAACGCGGACAGCGCUAUUCCUGCUGCUUCGCCUGUGGCUACUUUCCUAGGCUCCGUACCGCGAGUGAGAGUAGGAAGCCACAGCAUAGCCAUUCAACAAAAAGGCGAUUAUGUGGCAUUUGAGAGUGGGGACUUGACAUUCUUGCAGUCCGAGGCCGGGUCGAGUCAGGUGUCUCGGGGUCAGGGGGGAGGAAGGAACGAGGGCGUCGGCGAGGGUUCCAUCUACGAUGGCUGUUACUCCAGCAAGGGAUGCUUUGGAUCGUCUCUGGAGUGCAUCAAGGAUGGGAAUUGCAAUCACACGGUCACGUGGAGGAGGAAGGGAGAGAGGAUCCUGUUUGAAGUUCAGGCCAAGACUGAAGGAUAUGUCGCCAUGGGUCUUUCCGCGGACACUGCGAUGGGAGAAGAUGCUGUUGUUGAGUGCGUGGAGGAGGAUGGUCGUAUCAAGGCCUACCGUUCCUGGAAUUUAAAUAUCCCAAAGAAGUCAAACAGACGAGCUAGUGAUCAUUCCGGAGUCUACAACGUGAAUGGAGCAUACAUCGAUGGAGUCAUGUAUUGUUCCUACGAGCUGGAUCCUGUUUUCGAGCAGAAUGGAGUCAAGUUUGAUCUGAACAAGCAGAAGUAUGUGCUCUUUGUUGCAGCUGGAUACGUCAAAGAUGAUAAGUCCAACGUCGGGUACCAUAGAAACGGAUGGAUAGCGGCAGAGGGCCCAGUGGCCCUGGCCGGAACGACCGAGCAGACUCAGCAGGACUUCGGCGUGGAUACCAUCUACGACGGCUGCAACUCCAACAAGGAGUGCUUUGGGAUGUCUGGAGAGUGUGUCGUGAAUGGGGAUUGUAAUCACAUCGUCGCGUGGAGGAAGAAGGGAGAGAGAUACCAGUUUGAAAUUCAGGCGGAGACCGAUGGAUAUGUCGCUUUGGGUCUCUCCCAGGACAAAGAGAUGGGAGACGAUGCCGUCGUGGAAUGCAUGGAGGUGGAUGGUCGAAUCAAGGCCUUCCGUUCCUGGAAUUUCAAUACCCCAAGGAAGACGAACAGACGAGCCGACGUUCAGUCUGGAGUCUACAAUGUGAACGGAGCGUAUGUCGACGGAGUCAUGUAUUGUUCCUUCGAGGUGGAUCCUAUUCACGAGCAGAAUGGCGUCACGUUCGAUCUGAACAAACAGAAAUAUGUGCUCUUCGUUGCCGCUGGAUACGUCAAAGAUGACAAGUCCAACAUCGGCUACCAUAGAAACGGAUGGAUCGCAGCGUGGAGCCCUCUGGCCCUGGCCGAAUUCAGGCGCUACGACCCAGUCCUCUUGUGGCUUCACGGAUUUUUCCCGACGGGCGUGCGAACGCUCCAUCGGCGCUGAUGGAGUCGAGGUGAUGUGACGUGUUGAGGCGUGAGAGGAACGUUCUCGGUAUGGUUGGAAGUACUUUAACAUGUAUAGCACUUUUUCUCGAGUGACUUGUGAGGAUUU